AACAUUCCGCAAAUUCAAAAAAUAGUAAGUAGUGAUCCGUCUGAAUUCUAACGGAAUUUAAAUGAAACGAUCGAUACCCAACGCUUAACGCGCAUCUGAAUCUGACCGCCACAGCGCCGCAUCUGGCGCCGUUUCUUACGCAGUUAUCUGGCCAAUAGAAGCGUGUCACGUGGUCAAGUCUCCGUUAAUGAAGUAGAAUACAGUCUCUAGUGACAUACCCGCGUGUACAGUGAGGGGGGCAAGGCGUUAAAUAGAAACAGUUGUAAUAAAAAUAGACCGAACAAGCUCUGGUUCUGUCUAUUACAAAGUACUAGUUAGAGAAGUAGUAGUUUUGCAGAGAUUUUUUUGUUUGUUGAGGUGUAACAAUGGCGGAAGAUAUGGUUACAAAAGAAGAUGAAGUAAGGUCUCUGGCGCUGACGCCCACGUGGUCCGUGGCUGUAGUGCUAACUGUCUUCGUCCUCGUUUCGUUGGUGGUCGAGCGUUCGAUUCACCGCCUCAGCCAUUGGUUGCAUGUUACAAAGCGCAAGCCGCUCUUUCAUGCAUUGGAGAAUAUGAAAUCAGAAUUGAUGUUACUGGGGUUUAUUUCACUGAUGUUGGCGGCCACCUCAAGCUUGAUUUCAAGCAUAUGCAUUCCAUCAAAGUAUUAUAAAAAAUUUUCUCCUUGUGAUGACGAAGAUACUAAGGGCGAGGCAGGUGUUAGGAAGCUCUUAGGGUUGAUUCAUGCAGGCAGCUCAUCCAGAAGGUUCCUCUCAAGCGGAGAUGCCAACAAUACCUGCAAAGACGAUUCUGAACCUUUUGUCUCGUUUGAAGGGUUGGAGCAACUUCAUCGCUUUAUCUUUGUGAUGGCAAUCACACAUGUUUUUUAUAGCUGCUUAACCAUGCUUCUGGCAAUUGUUAAGAUUUAUACAUGGAGCAAAUGGGAAACUCAGGCACAGUCAGAUACUCAUGAAAAUAUAACAGAACUUUCAAGAACCUUGACCAUGAGAAGGCAGUCAACCUUUGUAAAAUACCAUACAGAAGGUUCUUGGAGUAGAAACCGAUUCUUUGUCUGGAUGGUGUGUUUUGUUCGACAAUUUGGUGAAUCUGUUUCAAAGGCUGAUUACUUAGCUUUGAGAAUGGGGUUUGUUACAAAUCACAACUUGCCAUUUAAAUAUGAUUUCCAUAGCUAUAUGAUACGUUCUGUGGAAGAUGAAUUCAAGCAGAUUGUUGGUAUCAGCGCACCUCUCUGGGGUUUUGUGAUUGCUUUUAUGCUAUUUAAUGUAAAGGGAACCAAUCUAUACUUUUGGAUAGCCUUUAUCCCUAUUGUUCUUGUCCUUAUUGUGGGGGCAAAGCUGCAGCAUGUUAUUGCAACGCUUGCACUAGAGAAUGUUACUGGAAGUGGACAUUUAACUGGUUCGAAGAUCAAGCCACGGGAUGAAUUGUUUUGGUUUAACAAGCCAGAGUUGCUUCUUUCUCUGAUACAUUUCAUCCUUUUCCAGAAUGCAUUUGAGCUGGCUUCAUUCUUUUGGUUUUGGUGGCAAUUUGGAUAUAAUUCUUGUUAUCUUAAGAAUCACAAGCUUGUCUAUGUACGUCUGGUUUUGGGCUUUGCAGGGCAGUUCCUUUGUAGCUUCAGUACUCUACCACUUCAUGCACUUGUUUCUCAGAUGGGAACAAAUUUCAAAGCAGCAUUGCUACCACCAAGAGUAAGAGAAACUAUACAUGGUUGGGGUAAAGAGGCAAAGAGAAGACGAAGACGAGGCACUGUAACAGAUGAAUCGUAUACAAGAACUACUGUUGGUUCAAGUGAAGAUACUUAUACAGUAAAUCAUGAUGAAAUCUAUGGAGAUAGGUUUAGUCUGAGUCACAAUAGCCACCAGAAUGGCCAUAUUGGUACCAACAAUUCAAUCGAGAUUGAACUACAAACUGAGACUCAUACUUCUGUUAGCCCUUAUUCAGAUUCACAUAUCCACACAGUGACUCAACAAAGGAGUUUGUCUCUAUUACCUUCUCAAUCACAUGAACCAAGAUAUGAUGCUAUCAACUUAGCAAGAUCAUUCACACAGCCAGUAUCAAGGCAAUAGAUGUGCUCAAACUUCAAUUGUCUGUACAGUAGAGAUCAAACAUUAAAGAAUUGAAGGCUUCUGUUGAUGUCUUGAUAUAUGCUUACAAUAUUGUCUGAAAGAGGAAAAGAUUGCACAGAAGUUUCAUAUAGAUGGAUUUCUCUUGUGAAUGAGAUAUGGAAUAACAUAUUCUUGUGUAUAUUAGUAAUACCAAUUUGUCUAUUCACACCAGGAAGACAAAGCAGAAUGUUGCAUUACUAUUAUUCAAAUAUAAUUGCAUCAAAGCAUUCGUUACUGAAAGGUUGAAGGUAAGCUUAGUCAAAACCAUGUAUGUGUAAUCUCCACAUGUUAUUUGAAAUAUCAUUUUUGCAGUGGAGGAUCUUGUUUAACUUCCCUAUAUAAAAAGGAGGGUUCCUGGUUC